AUGGAAACGUCAUCUCCUAUGAUAGAAGCUGGUAGCAACUAUAAUAAUAGCCAACAAAAUCAUAUAUUGAUACGUGAACUUGAUCUAUAUCUACUACCACUUAUUUCUGUUAUUUAUUUAUUGGCAUAUCUCGAUCGAUCGAAUAUUGCUAAUGCAAAAUUAGGUGGUCUUGAACAUGAUACGCAUCUCACUCCACAAGAGUAUCGAUGGACUUUAUCAAUUUUCUUUAUUGGUUAUGUCAUAUUUGAAGUUCCAUCUAAUAUUAUUCUUCGUCGAUGGCGACCAUCAAUAUGGAUUGCUCUGAUUGUUCUCUUGACGGGCACAGUAGCAGUUAGUAUGGCGGCGGUGCGCAAUUUCAGUACUCUUCUCCUUUGUCGAUUUUUACUUGGUUCAUUUGAAGCUGGUCUCUUUCCUGGUAUUAUUUAUUAUACAUCAUUAUGGUAUCGAAGAAGAGAACAAGCUAUUCGACUUGGAUUCUUUUGGUCAUUUUCAGCACUUGCAGGAGCUUUUGGUGGUUUAUUUGCAUAUGCUAUUGCUCAAAUUAAAUUACCGAAACUAGCUGAAUGGCAACUUAUCUUUAUUAUUGAAGGUAUUCCAACGAUUAUUGUUGCAAUUCUCUGUUGGUUUUAUCUGCCUGAUUCACCAGAACAAGCAAGAUUUCUGACUGAUAAACAACGUCAAUUAGAAAUUGAUCGUCUUAUAGAAGAUGCUGGUGCAUCUCAUCAUGAUUCAUUUUCGUGGUCACAAGUUCUAUCUGUUUUUACCGAUUGGAAAACCUAUAUUUAUGCUAUGAUAUACAUAUGUGGAACUGUUCCUUUACAAAGUGUCACUCUUUUUCUACCUACGUUAAUACGUGGGAUGGGUCAAUGGACACCAAUUCUAGCACAAUUAAUGACGAUUCCACCCUAUCUUGUAGCAUUUAUUGUUAUUUUGAUCAUUUCACGUAGUUCAGAUCAUUUUGUUGAGCGAUCUUAUCAUCUUGUUUUUACAAAUCUAUUAACAAUAUGUGGCCUCCUUUUAUUGAUGUUUGUUGAUCAACAACGUGUUUACAUUCUUUACAUCGGUAUUAUUCUUGUAACAUGUGGUGCUUAUGCCAAUGUUAGUGUGAAAAUAGCUUGGUUCAAUAAUAAUUUUGCUUCAUUAACUCGACGUGCAGUUGCAUCAGCAUUGAUUGUAUCUUUUGGCACACUUGGUGGAGUUAUAUCAGGACAAAUAUACCGAGCAAAACAAAAACUGCGAUAUUUUAUUGGUAAUACUAUUGCACUUAUCUUUAUUGUUUUACAAACAAUAUUAGUCAUUAUUCUUCGUCUGAUGUUUCUAUAUAUUAAUCGUCAACGAUCGCAAAUGAAUACUGAACAAAUUAAUCAACAGAUAAAACGAUAUGGAGGAAAUGAAUUAGUUGGAGAUCGUCAUCCAGAAUUUCGUUAUGCAUUGUAA